CACGCACAGCCUCAUACUCAUUCUUCCUGUUAUUUUCUGGUCCUUGAACAGUUACUUUCGGCCAUGCCCGAGCCCGCCAAGUCGGCUCCGGCCCCGAAGAAGGGCUCCAAGAAGGCGGUGACCAAGGCUCAGAAGAAGGACGGCAAGAAGCGCAAACGCAGCCGCAAGGAGAGCUACUCGGUGUACGUGUACAAGGUGCUGAAGCAGGUGCACCCCGACACCGGCAUCUCGUCCAAGGCCAUGGGCAUCAUGAACUCGUUCGUCAACGACAUCUUCGAGCGCAUCGCGGGCGAGGCGUCCCGCCUGGCGCACUACAACAAGCGCUCGACCAUCACGUCCAGGGAGAUCCAGACGGCCGUGCGCCUGCUGCUGCCCGGGGAGCUGGCCAAGCACGCCGUGUCCGAGGGCACCAAGGCCGUCACCAAGUACACCAGCGCCAAGUGAGCCCGCCGGCUGCAAGAGCAAUCGGUCUUGCACCUGUCUUUCUGAGGUCAGCAUCCCAUCCAGAGCAAGCGUCCGUCCUGGUUCUCUGGGAGUUCUGUGUGUACACAGGAAAGAUCCACCUCCAGCAGCGUUA